AGACAGGAUGGUGUGUGGCACAAAUAGCUCUACAAUGACAGAGAGACUGCUCAGAGAAGAGAAUCUGACACUGUAGACAAAGUGAUGCAGUUUGUACCUCGUGCAGUACUCGUGGACUUGGAGCCCGGCACAAUGGACUGUGUGAGGUCUGGUGCAUUUGGACAGGUGUUUAAACCCGACAACUUUGUCUUCGGUGAAAAUAUUGAUGAUCUAGGAAAGAUAUCUAUAUUUGCAUGUAACUGGGCCAAAGGCCACUACACUGAGGGAGCUGAGCUGGUGGACUCGGUCCUGGAUGUGGUGAGAAGUUCCCAGCUCACACAUUCCCUGGGAGGAGGCACGGGCUCGGGCAUGGGCACGCUCCUCAUCAGCAAGAUCCGAGAGGAGUAUCCAGACCGUAUAAUGAACACUUUCAGCGUUGUGCCAUCCCCCAAGGUGUCAGACACUGUGGUGGAACCUUACAAUGCCACACUCUCCGUCCACCAGCUGGUUGAGAACACAGAUGAAACUUACUGCAUUGAUAAUGAGGCCCUGUAUGACAUUUGCUUCCGUACACUGAAACUCACCACUCCCACCUACGGUGAUCUGAAUCACCUUGUCUCAGCCACCAUGAGCGGGGUGACCACCUGCCUUCGCUUCCCGGGCCAGCUCAACGCUGAUUUGAGGAAACUGGCCAUAAACAUGGUGCCUUUCCCUAGACUGCACUUCUUCAUGCCAGGUUCUGCCCCCUUGACCAGUCGAGGGAGUCAACGGUACAGGGCUCUAUCAGUUCCUGAACUCACCCAGCAGAUGUUUGAUGCCAAGAACAUGAUGGCAGCUUGUGACCCACGCCACGGCCGUUACCUCACAGUCGCUGCCAUUUUUCGAGGCCACGUGUCCAUGAAGGAGGUGGACGAGCAAAUGUUGAAUGUGCAGAACAAGAACUCCAGCUACUUUGUUGUUGCCACAGCUGCUGGGAGGUUUUUGGGAUUCCUGGAGGCAAUUUGA